CAUCUCACUAAAAUUUGGUGACGUAAAACUAAAAAUAAAAAAUAUUAAAAAAAAAAAUUAAAAAUAAAUGUCAACUGAAUUUGACAUGCAACUCGAGCUAAUGUCAAAAUGUUCGUGCUUUCAUGAGACCACAGCAUGAGACGAUUGAUACUGUUUUGUUUUGGUUUUGCUUAGAUAAAAAAUGAAUCAUUAUAAUGGGAACGUCUGCAGGAUAUGUCUGCAAAGUAAGGGCACAUUAUUCUCCCUAUUUAAAAAAAUAAAAGAUUGUUCACCUUACGAAAAAAUAAUAAAUACAACAAAAAUAAAGUUAAAUAUCGAAUCUGGACCGUCUUCAAUUUGUUCACAAUGUUUAAAAGAAUUAGAAAUGACAGCAGUUUUUCUUCAAAAAUUUGAAAGGUCCAAUGAAAUACUUGCUGCUAAAUGUUCAGAUAUUGACUCAUUAAAUGAAGUUUUAAAGAGUGCCAGUGAUCAUGAUGAAGACGAAGCAAUGUUGGACGAAAACAUUAAAGAUUCAGCGUUGGAAAUUGAUGCCGCAAAGUGUCCGGAAUGCGGUUCAUUGCGGAGGUGCAAGCACUGGGCACCUUUAACAACACACACUUGUAAUAUCUGCCAGAAGAUUUUCACAAGGAAAUUUAACUUUAAAUUGCAUCUCAAAAGGCAUUUGGGUGAAAAAGAGUGGCCGUGUCCUAAGUGUGGAGUGAGGCAACUGACACAGUGGUUGGCACGCAGACAUUGUGAACCAAGGCCUAGACGCCCAUGCCCCGUGUCAGACUGUGAUAAGUCAUUCACCACUAACACCAAUUUAAAUAAUCAUAUAAGGACUCACUAUGGUGAGAGACCGUACACAUGUACUGAGUGUGGCAAAACAUUCACUACCAAGAACACUUUGAACGAUCAUUCAAGGAUUCAUACAGGAGUGAAGCCGUACAUGUGUCCGAUCUGCGGUCGUCAGUUCGCGACCAACAAGUUGUCCGGUCAUAUGCGCGCUCACUGCGGCGCGCGGCCGCACUCGUGCCCCGUGCCGGCGUGCGCGCGCUCGUUCUCGUCGCGCCGCGCGGCCGCCGCGCACGCGCGCACGCACGCGGGGGCGGGCGCGGGGGGUGUAGGGGCGGGGGCGGGGGAGGGCGCGCGCGCUCACGCCUGCGCGUGGUGCCCCGCGGCGUACGCGCACGCGCAGUCGCUUCGCAAGCACCGGCGACAGCGACAUGCAGGUUAG